AUUCAAAUAAGGUUAUAUCAGGUAUGAUAUUGUUAUUGAUUUCUUUUAUUAACCUUAUGGUAGUGACCUUUGAAUUCUAAUGCUAUAUUGAAUUUUCGUGCGAAAAACCUGUAAAUCACCCUUGUCCCCAGUGCCUUUGCGUGGCUUGUACGAAACUGUUUUUGUAAACAUAGUUUUGUUAAUAAUUGAGUGAGAACGGAGAAGAACACAAAAAAUUUCAAUAUUAUUUUUUCUAACCUUUUAAGUUAUUUCGAUAAAGGAAAAGGUAGGUAAAUUUCGAAUCCUUUUUGAGUGCUUUUUCGAACGCACAUUUUAAAUUUACAUUGAAACUUUUAACGCGUGUUUUUAUGUUCAGCACAAUGGAGACUGAAAAGAGAUACAUGGAAGAAAAAUUUCAGGAAUGGUUGGAAGUUGAAAGGACUAAACGGAAUUCCGUAAUAAUGCCCGAACAGACUUAUAAAACAAUGGUAGAUUUUCUAUGUGGAAGAAUAGACAACGUUCCACGUGCUAUGAAAAGAAAAUUGCGAAGAAAAAAAUUCCAAGUGAUGAGUUAUCCUACACUUGGUAUAUCGGAUGUUUUGUGCUCUCCAUUUCCCGAUGGCGAUUCUCCUCUGGGAAAAUAUCGUCGCGUAGCAACAGACCGACAGAUGUUUCACAUUAUCAAUAGAGUACACCGCCAAGAAGUUGGUCACCAAGGGGUUCAUAAAACGUUUGAAAAGAUAGCACGCACCUAUGAUAACGUUACUAGAGACGCUGUUGGUGCUUAUAUAAAGCUUUGCACAACUUGCUGUCUGAAAUCCAGUCAAAUAAAGAAAGCUCCAUUGAAGCCGAUUAUCACUACAGGAUUCUUACAGCGUGUACAGAUCGAUCUGAUUGCUAUGUUAUCCAAACCAGAUGCCGAUUACAACUACAUUGGCCAUGUCGUGGACCAUUUUAGCAAAUUCAGGAUAUUAUUUCCAAUGAAAGGGAAAUCAGCAAAUGAAUUUGCUUCAAACUUUUUUAGAAGUUUUUUAGCGACUUUUGGGUUACCAAAAAUUUUGCACUCUGAUAACGGUGCCGAAUUUAUCAAUCACGUAAUGGAUGCUGUAGCCGUGAUAUGGCCGGGUGAGGUGUCAUUUGUUCAUGGGAAACCGCGCCACUCGCAAUCUCAAGGUCUGGUUGAACAAGGAAAUAACACCAUCCAAGUGAUGAUUAGUGCAAGAGAAAAAGAGUCCCAAACUUCAACGUGGUCAGAGUGGCUUCCAGAGAUUCAAUUUAUCAUGAAUGCUUCAAUGGUGAGGAGUGUAAAAAAAACACCUUACGAAAUUGUUUUUGGCCAGAAGCCAAAUGGUUUGGGUCAAAUUUCUUCAAGUGUACGGUCAGUGGAAGAGGAUAUUGUUCAAGAUAUCAUAGAAGAAAUGGAAGAAAAUGGUGCACAAGAUUUUGAAAAUGCUGAAACUGUGGAUUUUUUAAAGCACCCAAGUACAAGAAAAUUAUCGGAUUGUUCGGAAGAUGAGUUUGAAACAACAUGUCCGAAAAGACAAAAACUCAGACAAAAUGUUGUGGAGGAGGGUGUAAGAAACGCAGAAAUGAUGCGUAGAAAGUACAGCAAUGGAAAAAGAAUUAAAGUUGCUGAUUUCCUGGAAGGGGAUAAUGUUUCUUUGACAAUUCCAAAAGGUCUUAGAACAUCUUCGGAUUUAAAAAGAUUGCCAUGUGUGAUUGUACACAAAUCAGGUGGUAACCAACCAACAUAUAAACUCCUCUGUAGUGAAGGCACAAUUCAACGGCGUUACACGGCAUCCGCGUUGCAGCUGUACCCUCAACCAGUAAGAUGUAAGUAUCCUUCGGUUGAUGAAAUAUCUUUGUCAGAAGCUGUUCGGAAAAUCAACAAAUUUCCAACAGUAUUUUGCAGAUGUCGAAAAGGACAAUGUAAGAACAAGCAGUGCAAAUGUUUUUUGGCAUCACUGGAUUGCACUUCACGUUGUCAUCAAGGUGACUAUUCAACAUGUGUGAAUCGCGGCAUGCACAACGACAACAUAUCUGAGGAAAACCAGAUACUACACUCAGACGGAAGCAAGUUACGUCAACUUCUACCUAACUUUGGUGGUUCAAUUAAAUACGAGAACGAAACGAUCACAUUCCAUAACACUUGCGCUUUAGAUACGUGGAUGGCAGUGUUAAAAGCAGUUAUAGUAACGAGACCAAGUAUAACAGAUGAAGUUACCGACAAAAACAUACAACAGCUUUUUACGUUUGUGAAAAACGGUGCUUAUGAAGCUGCUAAACUUCAUACUGCUAUUUAUCGAAGAAUAACACCAACCAACCAAUGCUUGUCAUUUUUUGGCGCAGAAUACGAAUGUAUAAUAAAAAACUUCGUUGCGCCAUUCAUGGAACAUAUUGUGGAGUCAGCUUGCAACAGUCCGCAUUGUAGCAUGAAACAAUCGAGAGCCUGCUUCAACACAUUUCCUUCGGCAACGGUGAAAAGUUCAUUUGUCCAUGAUGUCCAAAAGUGGUUUCUUGAAGCAACAACGUCAGUUUGUGGAAAGAAAGUAAAUCAGAACAUAUCUGACGAGUUUUCUUUCGUCGACGAAAACAUAACAACAGGGAUAAAGAACAGAUAUUGUAAUGGAAACAGAAAAUACAAGGCCCGAUUUUUUAAAAAGCUUCCUCAACUAUUAGUUGUUGAUGUUGCAGGCGAUAUUGACCCAAUAGACAUGGCUACCAUUCCCGAACAAUUACACAUUCGGUUUUCCACAAAUCAAGGAAAUAGAUAUGAGUUGGUUGCAAUCACACUAUGGAAGGGAUCGCAUUACACCGCAAAAAUCAGGUUCAAUGGCGUAUGGUUAUUCUAUGAUGGUAUGUUGGAUGUUUUAGGAAAAACUUCACUCAAAGAAUGUUUUCCGGGUUAUACCCCAACAUAUUGCUUGUUCCUUGCGACACAACAACUCGCAGAUAUGAAAGCACCAACAGCACCAACGGACGAGCUUGAAAGUAGCCAAAACGAUAACAUACAGUUACCCGAAACUGCUACUGUAAUGGCCGACGAAUCAGAGGACGGUGCUGAACCAGUUGCGUUUAAAGAUAUGAAUGAUGAAGAAAAAUCUAUCUUCAUAUUAUCAUGUUUUACGCAAAUUGAAAUUGCUAAAGAAUCUGUGUAUGGAAACAGCUCGGUCCAAUUGGAUAAUCUGAGAUCUCCGUCUGAGGUGCCAGAAACUGUGGUGGAUGAGUUGGUUGAUAUAACGCUAGUUAGGGAUUUCUGCUCCAAAAAAGCAUACAGCAAAAUGGCAGCAACGAUACAGGAGAAAAAACAUGCGCCUUUGUGGAAAUGCAGUCAUUGCAGACGAAAAAUUGGAAAAGGAAGAUCAAUUGCAUGCGAUCGCUGUCUUGUCUGGUGUCAUUUUAAAUGCUCCAAAUUGGCUGUAAAACCCUUAGGGGACUGGUUUUGCGAUCUAUGUUUACAUAUUGCAAAAAAAGAUUUCCAGCAGCGUCAACAACAAAGAGAAGCAGAGAAAGAAGUAGAAGACGAAGAAGAAAGGGAGAGGCAAUGGAGGAGAGAGUUAUUGCCAUUAUUAUACAAAAACGGUACCCUGGACUACCUGGUACAACAAUCGAAGCUGCCUGAAGUAAAUCCACUACUUUUGAUUAAACGUUCUGGUAGCAAGUAUCAAGCAUUUUAUAACGAAAUACUGGCGAAAAAACAUCCUCAAUUUUAUCAAAAACUGAUGCGUCAUUCGAACAUUGCAGAGCCAACUGGAGUCAUCACCAAUUACAUUCGGAUGAAGUACCCGUGCGAAUUCGAUGUAGGGAGAUUAUCCUUAAACCGCAUUCAGUUUUUGUUGGUGGAAAUUAUUGAUAGAGUAAAUAAAAAAAGCGAUGUAAAGACCAUAAAUGAUAAUAUAUAGUAGUCUUCAUCUGUUUCUUGGUGUUUUAAGUUGUACGGAGUUGGUAUGGAUAAAAAAAAAUUCAAGUUAAGUAGAAGAAGUGAAGUAGGCCCAACCUCGUACACAGUUUUUUAAGUUGUACGAAGUUGGUAUGGAUAAAAAAAAAUUCAAGUUAAGUAGAAGAAGUGAAGUAGGCCCAACCUCGUACACAGUUUUUUAAGUUGUACGAAGUUGGUAUGGAUAAAAAAAAAUUCAAGUUAAGUAGAAGAA